AUGGAUGUAGAUUAUUACAUUAUUCAGGUUGACAAGAAUGCAACAGAUGAUGAUUUGAAGAAGGCUUCUUUGGCUAAAUUCAAACUGAUCUCUGAAGGCUAUGAGGGAAAGAGUUGGGUUUUAAGCGAUCCACUGAAGAGAGCUGUCUAUGAUCGGUAUGGUAAAGAAGAGCCGAAAGGCCAAGUUCCACCUCCACAUGGUGGUGGUGGAACAACAUUUUCCCAAACUGGGGAUGAUCCAAAUGUGUUUAGGUCCAAGUCCAACCCCAGGACUGCUGAUGACAUUUUCUCAGAACCCUCCGGGAGAAGGGGAGAAGGUGGUGGUAACAGUGGGAUGAAUGGUGGUUCAAGUUCAAGGGCAUUUGGUGGCAUAUUUGGUGAUGAUGCAUCCAGUUCCUCUGGUGGAAGUAGACCAAUGAAUCAAAGUCCUCAUAAAGCUCCUCCUGUUGGAACUACAUUACCUUGUAGCCUUGAGGAUUUGUAUAAAGGAAUCCCUAAGAAGGUGAAGAUUUCAAGAGAAAUUUCAGAUGCUAAUGGGAAGACAGUACAAGUGGAGGAAAUCCUGACUAUUGAAAUCAAACCUGGCUGGAAAAAGGGGACGAGGAUUACCUUUCCGGAUAAAGGAAACGUACGGACGUAUGCAAUCCCUGCAGAUCUGGUUUUCAUAAUCGACGAGAAGCCUCACCAAACAUUCACACGCGACGGCGAUGACCUUAUCGUCACGCAGAAGAUAUCGCUUUCCGAGGCAUUAACGGGCUACACAGUCCGUCUCACGACAUUAGAUGGAAGGAAUUUGACGGUCCCCAUCACCGAUGUGAUUAAUCCCAGACAUGAGGAGAUCGUUCCCAUGGAAGGUAUGCCGAUAUCGAGAGAUCGAUCGAAGAAAGGUAACCUGAGAAUCAAGAUCAAUAUCAAAUUCCCAGCGAGGUUAACUGCAGAGCAGAAAUCUGGAAUCAAAAAGUCGUUGGCACUUGGCAUGAUUGGUCGUGGACUCGUGAUUAUUUUUAGGCUCGGGUGA